AUGUAGACUGCUUCUACAAACAUUUGUGCAAGACUGUGCAAUAAGUCCAUUCCUGAAAUUUCCUUGUUACAAAAUAUUCCACGGUCAACUGUUAGUGGUAUUAUAACAAAGUGGAAACAACUGGGAAUAACAGCAACUCAGCCAAGAAGUGGUAGGCCACAUAAAAUGACAAAGCGGGGUCAGCGCAUGAAGCGCACGAAGCGCACAGUGCACAGAAGUCGGCAACUGUGUACAGAGUCAAUAGCUAAAGACCUCCAAACUUCACGUGGCUUUCAGAUUAGAACAACAACAGUGCAUAGAGAACUAAGACUGGGAUGCCAUUAAAGUUCAUGUGCGUGUAAAAGCAGGCUUUCCAAUACUUUGGCAACAAAGUGUAUAUUAUACAGUG